CUUACUAAGUUGAAAAUGAGCAUGGUCCAAACUCCAGAGGAAAGCAAAGAUGAGUAAGAAGAGGACGUCCAAUCCGAAGUUCCUUCUCCCACCAUGAGGAGAAACAACCAAGAGAAGUCUUCCUCUGACUUCAAGGUUGAAAUGCCAACCUUCGAUGGAAAAGAUGACCCGGAUGAUUUCAUCGAAUGGUUAGAGACGAUUGAACGUGUCUUUGACUAUACCGAAGUGCCGGAGGACAAGAAGGUCAAGCUUGUGGCCUUAAAAUUCAGAGGCUAUGCAUCUACAUUGCGGACUAACACUACCACCAAGCGCAAAAGAGAAGGCAAGGUUGUUGAAAACAUGGACCAAGAUGAGGACUUUAUUGAGGAAGGAAUUGAAUACCUAAGGCAAGGAAAUCGGUUCGUCGAAGAAUACAACCGAGAGUUUGAAGAACUCUUGAUGCGGUGUGAUCUCCAAGAGAAUGACUCGCAAACCUUUGUGACAUAUCUCUUUGGCCUAAACACCCAAAUCGCCAACACCGUGGAGCUUCAAACCUUUGAGAACCUUGAAGAGUUAACCAAGUUAGCACUUAAAGUGGAAUCCCAACUCAAGAAGAGAAAGAAUGAUCCGGAUGAAUUUCUUGAGUGGUUAGAAACAGUGGAACGAGUAUUUGAUUUCAAGGAAAUCUCCGAUGAGAAGAAGGUCAAGAUCGUGGCCUUAAAGUUCCGAAAGUAUGCCUCUACUUGGUGGACCAAAACCACCACCAAACGGGUCCGAAGUGAGAAGCCCCCCGUUGAUUCUUGGCAAAAGAUGAGGAGUCUUUUGAAGAAGAAGUUUGUGCCCACCGAAUACUCACGAGACAACUUUGCUAAGCUCCAAAUGCUUAGGCAAGGUACAAAAUCAGUGGAGGAUUACACCCGGGAGUUCGAAGAGCUCUUGCUAAGGUGUGACUUGCAAGAGAACGAGGAGCAAACCUUUGUGAGGUACCUUUUCGGAUUAAACACUCAAAUAGCUAAUACGGUGGAGCUGCAAAGCUACACAACUUUUGAAGAGCUUACUAAGUUGGCUCUCAAAGUUGAGGCUCAAAUGAAGAAAUCCAAAGCCAUCCUCCCAAGAAACCCACGCCCUUACUCACGCCCCACUUACACCCCCUCCAAACACACUAGCCCACGGCCGAAUCCCCAAACCCCAAACUCCGUCUAAACCAAAUCCUACUCCUCCCCCACCUAAAACAGCCCCUACAACCAACAAAAGAGCCCCUAUUUU